UGAAUAUAUCUUGGUAAAAAAAUCAUGUAGCUUGUAGGUAAUAAUGAGUGCAGUUUAUCCAUUCUGAUGCUGCAUGUGCUCCCUCUGGCCUCCCUUCCCAGCUGAUCUUGAGUCGUGUGAAGACCUCAGCCACAGUCGGAAAAUAUGUCCCCUCCUGUUUAUGCUGACCUCGGCAAGUCUGCCAGAGAUGUCUUUGGCAAAGGCUUCCAUUUUGGCGUCCUCAAACUUGAGUGCAAAAGUAAAACUGCCACUGGUGUGGAGAUUACAGCAGGUGGCUCCAAUGUUCUGGAGUCUGGUAAAGUUGCAGGCAAUCUUGAGACCAAGUACAAGGUGAAAGAACAUGGGUUGACCUUUACGGAGAAGUGGAACACAGACAACACACUGAACACAGAAGUUGCAUUGGACGACAAGGUUGCCAAGGGGCUCAAGCUUGUUCUCAACACCACCUUUGCUCCACAGACAGGCAAGAAGUCUGGAGUGCUUAAAUCUACUUACAAGACUGAUGCUUUGUCUGUUAACCUAGAUUCCACAUUAGAUCUUGGUGGUCCAGUAGUCAAUGGUGCUACUGUGGCAAGCUACAAGAAUUGGCUUGUUGGUUAUCAGAUGUCCUUUGAUACUGCAAAAUCAAAGCUCACCAAAAAUAACUUCGCUGUUGGAUUUACCAAUCCAGACUUCAUUCUUCACACGUAUGCCAAUGAUGGAGCUGAAUUUGGUGGCUCCCUCUUCCACAAAAUUAAUCCUGACUUGGAGGGUGCUGUUGACUUGGCUUGGUCUGCUGGAUCCAACACUACACGCUUCUCCAUUGGCUGCAAAUAUUCUCUGGACAAGGAUGCUGCACUGCGAGCCAAGGUGAACAACAACUCUCAGGUUGGCCUAGGCUACCAGCAAAAGGUGCGUGAUGGCAUUACUCUGACACUAUCAACUCUCAUUGAUGGUAAGAAUUUCAAUCAGGGUGGACACAAAGUUGGCCUGGCCAUGGAACUAGAAGCCUAACUUCUUAAGGAUGUAGCUGCUGGGGUCCUGCAGCCAUUAUAUGAUGAAUAUUUCUGGAGAGGGUGAAGAGCCAUGGGCACUGGGCUCCUGUGGGGUGAACUGUUUCUACAGUUAAGUGCCCACAUAUGCUAAGUCCUAGAUUCCAGUAGUGUAAAUGAGCACUGUACAUUAAACAUUUACAUGACCGACUGUACAUUAAAUAUUUUUUAUCUUCAUGGGUGGCAGCAACGAGUUGAAGACUCGUUUUGCAGCUGUGAAGUUGAUCUGUCUUCAUGAAAUGUCAAUAAAUUUUAAAUGGUC